ACUGGGAAAAGUAAUCUAUCAGACAGUCCUUUUAAAAGCUCAGGCCUUUAAAAGCAGCAUGUGUCAUCUCGACUUGGUUCUCCAAAUAUCACUCCUAUAGGAAAUAUACGCACCGAGAAGGGACGUCCGAGCGCAACACAUCUCCAAGCAACUUCGAUACAAGAAUCGUCGCUUCACACACGCCUGCUCACUUACCGAGUGGAGAAAUAUUUGUAGAAGUUGUUCUUUGGCUUGACUGGCUUGCUGCCGGUUCAACCCCAUUUAGAUUUUUGGAGACAUCCGAUCUCUAGACAGGGGCGACCAGAAGUCCAGCAGACCCGCCGUGUGUGCGCACAGCCCGCGCUGGUCUCGCCAUACCCAUCACACCCGGCUCUUCAGACUUCCAAAACAAAUACAAAAAGUGUAAGUAAGCCGUGAGAUGACCCUGUCUGGAGGCAGCGAAAGAGCCAGCGAGAUGUCCGGCCAAACUGUGCUCACAGCGGAGGACGUGGAUAUCGACGUGGUGGGCGAGGGAGACGAGGAUGGCAUGGAGAGGGUGGACAGUGACUGCGAGAGCCCGGUGGGAGGCAUCCUGCACGACCUCCGAGGAGAAGCAGGCGACGAGGACGAUGAGAUCGAGGUGGAGAAGGAGGAGAUGAGGUCCGGUGGAGGGAGUCCGUGCUGUGAGAGCUCCGGGGAGGGAGAGACGGGCACCGGAAAGGGAGAGGGUCAAGACCAGAGCGCAACGGGAGGUGGGAUCCAGAAGCCCAAAAACAGUCUGGUAAAGCCGCCAUACUCCUACAUCGCCCUCAUCACCAUGUCCAUCCUCCAGAGCCCGCAGAAAAAGCUCACCCUCAGCGGGAUCUGCGAGUUCAUCAGCAGCCGUUUCCCGUAUUACCGAGAAAAGUUCCCGGCGUGGCAAAACUCCAUUCGCCACAACUUGUCCCUCAACGACUGCUUUGUGAAAAUCCCCCGGGAACCCGGCAACCCCGGCAAGGGCAACUACUGGACCCUGGAUCCCGCUUCGGAGGACAUGUUCGACAACGGCAGCUUCCUCAGGAGGAGGAAAAGGUUUAAGAGAGUUCAGCCGGACAUGCUCAGGGACCAGACUGCUCUAAUGAUGCAAAGUUUCGGUGCGUACAGCCUUGGGGGCCCGUACGGGAGGCACUACGGGAUCCACCCGGCUUAUUCCCAUCCGGCGGCUUUGCAGUACCCGUACAUCCCCCCUGUAGGUACCAUGCUGCCCCCGGGCGUCCCUCUCCUGUCCUCGGCGGAGCUGAACAGAAAAGCGUUUAACUCCCAUCUCAGCCCGAGUCUUCAACUUCAGCUCAACAGUCUGAGCACAGCGUCCAUGAUCAAAUCCGAGCCUGCGAACAGACCGUCUUUUAGUAUAGAGAACAUCAUCGGGGUGUCCAGCGCCUCCUCGGUCUCCCCGGGCGCUGCUUUCCUGCGACCCCCGGUGACCGUUCAGUCGGCCCUGCUGAGCGCGCAGUCCCUCUCUCUGAGCCGGUCCUCCGCCGCCAUCGCUCCCAUCCUCAGUGUGCCCUCAAAUCUCCUCUCUGGACAUGUUUUACCCUCCGCGGCGGCGGCGGCGGCGGCGGCGGCGGCGGUGUCCAAAUGGCCUUCACAAUGACUUCAAAUAAAGAGAAGAUAAACUCUUAUUUUUAUACAGAGACAUUAUUACCGAGGGAGUGUGAAAAGCACAAAUCAAUAGGCAACACUGGACUCUGUAGCCAUGUAAAGACUGUUGAAACAGAGAAAAAA